CCGACGGCGAACGCAAAGGCAGUGCUGAAAUGACAACACCCCCAGGAAGCACGUCCCAGAAGACGACGAAGUUCGCAAUACCCCAUCCAUAUGAGAAGGACUGUGCUAUAACGGGCGUACUAGAGCAGGUUGCUCCGGACCAGCCUACACAAGGUCGCAAGAUAGCUUUGAUCCUACACGGCGCCCUCGGACAUAAGGACUAUCUGUUUCAGAAGAAGCUAGCCUAUCGUCUUUCUCAAGAUUCCUUCCGCUUUGACUUCCGCGGCAACCACGAAACUCCCGGAACAUGGGCUUUCGGCAGGUUCACCAACGACGUGCUAGACCUCGAAGUGGUCGUCGACUACCUCGCCAGGGAGUUCGGCUACGUUGUCGACAUGGUCGUCGGGCACUCGCGAGGAAGCGUUGUCGGCAUGCUCUGGCUUUGCAAACACCGCGAUGGCGCCGCAAAGGAUGCCACCCGAUAUGUGAAUGUUUCUGGGCGGUAUCGUAUGGAGAAAAUAUACGAUGACUUAGAGCUUCAUAAAGCCGAGCUAGAGUCUACAGGUUUCGUGCUUCGCACAGCCACGGUCGCGCGCAAGCCGUUCGUUUCAAAGGUCACCCGUGAAGACUAUGAGGAGUUCGCGAACGUCGACACUUCCGUCGUCUGGGACCAGUUCCCCACGCACGUAGAUGUACUCACUCUGCACGGCCUGAAGGACGCGGUCGUGCCUCCGUUUGAUGCCGUCAUAUACGCACGCAUAUACGGUGCGCGCAGCCCGGGCACCCACACACUUCGCAUCGUGGAAGAAGCCGACCACAAUUUCACCGGCGUCCCGGAAGAGGUAGUAGACACGGUGCUGGAGUGGAUCCAGCAGCAAGAUCGCAAGGAGCUCAAGACAGGGGUGUGGCAUACAGGCAUAAAGGACGCUGAGCUCGGCAAGAGCUUCCGAGGGCGGACGUCGAUGCUAUAGUCCUAUACGUGUAGAUAGGGAUAGGAUAUCUUGGAAGGAUCUGGUAUACAAUGCGCCAACU